CCUGCCUUCUAUUUGGCCUUCGCUGCCUUUCCCCUUCCCACCUACGCUGAGAAGCCAUGGAGGGCCUGAGGAAGCUACUGGUGGAGAAGGCGAGGGAGGUGAAGGGGGCGGACGAGCUCAAGGAGAGCGUGACGGAGUUUGUCAAGGAGAAGCUCGCGCAGCUGAUCCAUGUGUUGCAGGACGCCAUCGGGUUCCUGGCGGAGAAGCUGGACCUUGUCUUCCCGCCUGAGACCAGAGCCGAGACGCUGCACCGAUGGCUGCACGUUGGCUUAACGGUGGUCCUUCCCGUGGCUGUUGUGCUCCUCUGUCUCUACUGCUGCUGCUGCCGCGGCAACCGCUGCUGCUGCGGCGGCGGCAGCCGCGGCACUGGCCGGAUGAUGAGAGCGCCCGGGCGGCACGGCGCCGUCAUGCCCCGGGCAUCCUUCGAGAGCGACCCCCGGGGUUACUUCAUCAACCUUCGAGCCAAGAAGGAUCUUGUGUUCUAGAAGAACACUACAUGAUAAAUGCAUGGGGAGAGAGAGAGAGAGAGAGUUGUCUUCUAAGUAUGGAGUUGUGUGUGGGCUCUGAGAGUGUGUGUCUAUGCUGUGCGUGCUUCAGAUGGAAGUAAUAAGCUGUGUUAGAUGUCAUUUCUUGUUUAUCUCUUUGGAGAAAUUGUGUUUCAAUUGGCAGUGUUGAGAUCUACCGCUUUGGAGUUGCCUUAUGGCAUCUAUAAGACAUGGCCUUUGUUCA